AUGAAGGGAAUCAUGAGAUUCGGAAAGAAAGGCAAGCUGAGUCUGAGAUAUUUAGGCCCUUUCGACAUACUAGAAAGAAUUGGAGCUGCAGCAUACCGAUUGGCUCUCCCACCACAAAUAUCAGUCAUUCAUGAUGUUUUCUACAUCUCCAUGCGUCGGGAGUAUGUACCAGACCCUACACAUAUAUUAGACUACAAGCCCCUCCAAGUUCGCAAAGAUCUCACUUACAAAGAGUUUCCAAUAAGGAUUCUUGUACAAAAUGCUCAAGUUCUCCGCCAAAAGACCAUUCUGAUGGUCAAAGUGCUUUGGAGCAACUACACAGAAAAAGGGGCCACUUGGGAGAGAGAGGAAGACAUGAGGAUCAAGUACCCAUACUUGUUCGAUUGA